UAUUGCAUCGCACAUGCUCGUAGACAUCAAGUUGGGAGGGGGUAGCCUCACUCAUCAACAGUCAUUCCGUUGUUGUCUUCUCGACGAGUAAGAUGAAGAACAUCGAUUCGGCGGGAGGUCGAAAUAAACGGGAUAUUGAAACAUGGAAAGCAUUUGCAUUUGUGGUCCUGUGCUAAACGCAAAAUUAAACUGUUGUCUACAAAUAUAUUGCUUUAAUUUUCAAUUUCACGGCUUGUUUUUUUGUUUUGGGAUGACAUGAACUGAAGAGGCGUUUUGAACUCAUUUCUGGUUGUCAAUAGUUUUCGGUUCAAAAGAAGAGUAACAAACAGAAAAUUUAAAACGCGAGCAAUCGAAAAAAUAUACCCAUUUAUACUUGAAUUACUCUGAAAUCAGUAAAGCGGAGGAAUAGUUCGAGGGAAAAUGAAUUUUCAAAAGCUACUAGGAAGGAGGACGAGCACUCGGUUAUACAGAGUUUGUGUUGACAGGGCCUGAAACUGGACCAGUACACCAGGCAUUAUACUUUUCCACGCAAAGCAACUUGAAAAAGACCUGCUUCACAUCAACGACGCGAUUUGAGAUAGUUUUGAUGGAGUUCUAGCUUAUUUGCAAGAAAUUAUUCUUUACAUCUUUAAAAAAGUCUUUUGACCCUGGACCUUGAAUUGUUAAUUUUUUUGUAAUGACUUCCACUUUUUAUGUUGAAUUUGCUUAUAUAGUGCCGCCCAGUAUAAAAAUCACUACAUGGUCAAUAUAGGCCGAUUUCCACUUUAUUCGCUCUAGUCGCGCGACUGAGCGAAUGUACAUUGGGGCAUGCGCAAAUUGAACUUCUACAUUUGCUGCGAAUGCGCGACCAUUCGCUGGGUAAGUCAACGACCCCCGGCCCUCGAGGAUGCACAUUCCGCUUUCCAGGGUUUAUCCUUUGCUCGGGAAUUUUGGCCCAUUAUAAGGGGGGAAAGAAGAAAUUUGAAAUUAGAAAGAAUUUGGAAGGGUUUUCUAUGAAAUUGAGAUAAAAUUAUUGAAAUGCAUUUAAAAACAGGAAAUUGUAAACAAUAAGAGGGUCAAAUACACAAGAAAAGCCUUAUGCCUUCAAGGUUUAUGCAAACUUUGGCCCGUAAAUUGAUUUGACAAAAUCAGACAGGGUUAUGUUGUUUUAGUUUAGUUUGUUGGUUUUAAUUUUCCCGUUUCAAGCUGUUUUGUACACAUCCAACUUAAAAUCAAGAAUUGAAAAAAAAGAAAAUGGAUUCUCCUCCGCAUAAUCAAUAACUCUCGUAGAGUUGUUAUGACAUUACAAAGAGAGAGCUAUUUGCAAAACCAGAAAAACUGGCUGUGAUUUGGCAACAUGAGAACAAGGUCUAUCCCCAUCAAAUCACAGUAAUUUUGUCUCUGCCAAAACAGAAGAAAUUUGUAGCAAACUUUCAGAACUAAAUAUCGUUCCAAUACCUCGCCCAAUUUGUAACAUAUUGAACUGAUUUAGUAGCUAUUUUUCGCGGUAAUUCCAGGUAUAUUUUUAGGAUAUGUUGUCCAAUUCAAAAGCACCACAAUUUUAUUUUUAAGACGUCACAUUUAAAAACUCUAUUGUCGCUGCCCAGUGCCCAUCAAUCCUUAAUGUUUCGAAAGUUUCAAAAAAUUCGAAACUAAACAAGGGAAAAGCUUAGACAAAAGAAUACAACUAAGGCAACUCCAAGAACAAAGAGUUGGCUGAAAGCAAAUGUGACGGACUGGACGGAGUUCAUUAGUUUAAAUAAAUCAAUUGAUGGAGGCACUGUUCAAACAACCCAUUCUCAUUAAAGAAAUUUAUGUUAUGUAUAUUUGCAAAUCUCCUAGAAAUAUACACAACGUAUAAAGUAGAUUCCAUUUCUGGUCAGCAGCACAUGCGCAGUGCUUGUCAACGAAAUUUUGCAGUAAUGGCGACCGAUUAUCGUUAAAGCUGCGGGUUGCUUGCCUUAAAUUUGGCAUUAUGUCAUCUAAUAAUAGCACACAAAACAACCAGAAACCACGAAAAAGGAGCCAAAAAACUCAAUCCUUCGAAGAAUCAUUGAAAGAUCUCGAUAAUAUUGAUCUUCCCGGCUGUUCUAGUCGACAGUCACCAUCAGUCGUUGUUGUUGACGUAAGAAGAAACUGUGAAACCGGCCAGUUUCAGAGAAAACAACGCAAAAUUUACCCCAGAAAAAAGAAAGAAAAGCCAGCAAAACAUAGGGAAGAGGAUCUUGCAAGUUAUGAUGGUGACAAUGAUGAUGUGGAUAAUGAAUAUGUUUGUGAUGAAAGGGAACAAAGUACAAGUGCUCUUAGUGAUGAGUGGGAGUUAGAGCCAGAAAAUAGAGACGCCCUGCUGCUAAAUCUAAGGGAUAUUGAGUCACAGUUUCCAGCUAGCCACCCUGAAGAGACAGAGUGGACUCAACGGAAACGGGUACUAGAGGAAAAUUGGACAUCUGCGAGGAAUGAUUUGUUUGAUGCAUUUUUAUCAACCAAAAGCAUCCCAGAAGGUGCCAUGUGUUGCACAAAAUGCAAAGUGAAUGUUGCUGUUUUACGUUGCACGGAAUGCAGAAAGAUGCUGUGUAGCAGCUGUGAUGAAACAGAGCACAUCAUUUUUCCCUUCCAUGAUAGGGAUACCUGGAUCAAUGGCUUUUAUGAGCCAGUUGGUAAUCUUGUGACCAUAAAUGAGGGUGAAAUUGUAUUAAUUGAUAGACCCCUUCCAGUGAGCUACCCAUCAUUAUGCCCUGCCUGCAGUACUUGCAAUAUAGAGCAAAGGUAUACAAAAUCCAGGAUAACAAUAAUAACCAUGAAAGGUCGCUACGAGUUCAAUGAAGCCUACUUUUUCUGUACAAAUUGCUCAUUGAUCAUAUCAGGAUGCACUGUACGGUCAAUGCUGAUUGCUGGCUAUUGGCCUGCAUCUCCACAGAGGGCAACAACAUUUUUCUCCUUAGAUUUGUUGAGAUUUUGGGAUUCUUUGAGCAUGAACUCACCUGGGACAUCCCUAUCAUCUUUCGUUAGAAGCCUAGAAAAUGUUUCAAAGAUGUCUGGGAGACAAAGUUCAAUAAAUUCAACAGCCUUCGGUAAUGCAUUUAGAGAGUGGAAAUUUGUUUCCAGCAACAUCAAAUUUCAGAAUGGAAAUGAUGAUUUUGUGUGCCCAGUUUGUUCUGAUGUUUGCCACUCUAUACACAUUGAUGGCCAUCGUAAAACAUAUCGAUUUAAGAAAGUGCCACGCGGAAAUUGUGUAUCCCUAUACGGUGACAAAUUCAUCGCAAACGAUGCGGAGGUACAAGCGCACAUGAAGAAUUUGUAUGACAAAAUGGGAAGUCAGGAUUAUGAAGACGAUAAAAUGUGCGGAUCUUCGUAUUGGCAAGCUGCUCGAUCCAAAUCAAGCAAAAGCUAUUCUACUUUGGACGAAACAGGGCUAGUUGUUGCCGGCUGUCGCCACGUUCUGGCUCUGAAAGGCGUGAACAUGUUUGCUGGCGAGCAAUAUGGUUACGCUCUUUUUUUGCACCAACUCCUUUUCGGUGAAGUACGGAUGCGGUUUAUAUGGCAAGACAUAAUGUGUAAAUACUGGCCAUGGCUCGAGAAAGUUGCUUCCAAGUUCCCUGACAAGUCAGCGUUACUUGAUACGAAUAAAGCACUCUCUGUGAUGCAUUCGAAAGCACAUUCUUUAGAAUGUCAGUUGGUCUGGGGAGGAUUUUACCAAGACGAAGCCGCUUUAUCCACUGGAGAAAGCAUGGAGCAAUUUUUCUCCUACUUUGCGAAAUGUGGAUUAAGAACAAAGAGCAUGAAUGCCUCUGCACGAGUCGAUGCAUUGACCGAACAUGCUGCGUUUUGGAAUAUGCGAAAAAUAGAGAAUUUGGCAUCAACCUUAGCCAAGCAAUAUGUUAAGGCUAAGGAAAAGAUCAAUGUUGCCAAACAAGAAAAAUCGGAAUUACUUAAAACAGCAACGUCUCGUCCUGAUGACACUUUAAUUAAAACAUGGGAAACAGAAUUCAGAAGUAAAGCACGAGCUUCCUUUGAUCGUCAAAGUUCCAGCACUGUUGUUAACCAGCUUGCCGAAUACUUCAAACUGCAUCAAGAAGUUUCAACAGCCCCUGUUUUACAAGAAUUCGUUGAAAGAAACGAUAAAGCCUGUAGUAUAAUGUCUGGACAAGAAGAACUCUACACAAUUGUUGCUGCAAGACAGGUAGACACCGCGCGACUGGUAAGAAAGAUGGAAAAUUUAGAAAAAAAGCUUUUGGCAGGAGGGUACGAUAAAGAGACAGCUCUACGUGAUGGUAAAGGUCACUUAGCCGAAAGAACUUUAGAGUUGCUGCGUACACGUAUUGUUCACACGUACCUCAACAUACAGCAGCAAAAACACGACAUUUCUCGUGUGUCAGAUACUUCGAAAAGGAGAACAAAAAUCCGAAAGGCGCUAGGAAAGAAUGUCAAGCUAUUAGAAAAAACAGUAGAAAAGUAUAACGUAGUCGUGAAUUUAACUAACGGGCCGAAUCCUCUGAAGUUAGAUGCAGUUUCUUCUGGAAUUUUCGCAUGGCAAGAAUACAAGGAACAAAGCAACACUCCUGAAUGGCUGCGAAAGCAAAUUGUUGAUAAAAAUGUCUUGCUUAAACGUUGCAAAGAGGAGUUGUUCCUUUUGGUAGAGGAGAUGCAAGCCUAUUGUACAUUCUUCAAGAAUAAGAUACAAUAUCUUGAAGAAGAAAGACUUAAAUUAGGAAAAUGUAUUGAAGACAUUGAAAAUGGGGAGACAGAAGUUGCUGCAUUGAAAAGACUUCAGUGGAAGGUUGCUGGACAACAAAACAGGGAAGAAAUAGACAAACUUUUAGGAGAUGGAAGUACAAUUUUGAAACUGAAGGGCAUCCAGUCUUUGAAGCAGGAGGGCAUUUCACUGUGCAAGAAGAGGCUCACAACAGCAGCUGAUGUAUUCAAAAAAGCUCUUGGCGCAGAUUUUGAAAUGCAUUUUAAGGAAGAUGACGUAGAGGAAGGCAGAUCGGAGACUGAAGAAGAAGACGAUCCGGAGGAAACUCCAGACGAUGAUUUCCACGAGAAUGACUUUGUGAUGGAUAGUGUUCUAAACAGUUCCUUAGUGUAAAAUCAAUGUCAGCGAUAAUAGGAGUGCAGUUGUCUGAGUUACCUUUUAGAAUUUGGAAUACCAUAAAAGCCCUAUUAAGCCCCUAUCUCAAUUAACCCCCUCUCUAUUAAGCCCCUUUAAAAUAAACCUGUCAAGCAAAAACUUUAAAUAUGCCCCCUCUCUAUUAAGGUUCCCAUCUCUUAAAAUUUUUUGCUUCAAAUUUUAAAUAUGCCCCCUCUCUACCAAGUCCCCCCUCUCUAAAGCCCCCUCUAAGGCUGGUAAAUAAAUAAGCCCCCACCUCCUGGAGCUUAAUUGAGCUUGUACGGUAUAUAUAUUUUCAUAACGCUUACAUUUCUUUCACAUUAGUUUUUUAAUAAUGUAGUGAGCCCAUCUAGGCCAUAAAGACUUCUCUCGGCAUAGUGAUAUUGAUUCAAAUGGUCAUUUAAAAGCAGAUUUGCGUUCUCUUUUAAAAAAAGCUUUAACUUCUAAGUUUGAAAAAACCAUAAACUUUAUUCUUUUUUCGAAACAGACUAUGAACACCAAUAUAUGUGUUUUCUCUUUUAAAAUUUAAACUACAAACUAUUUUAUAGAGCAGUGAUUUUGAAACAAUGUAGAAUAGCAUUUUCAUACUUCUCAAAUAUUAUUCAAAACAUUUUGUUGUAGUUCCUCGUGUUAAACGUUGGAUGAUUUUUAUUGUUGAAAUCGUGAAUCAUUUCAUACAUUUGUACCUUUUCUUGCUGACCAAGUUUGUUAUACUUUGUUAUUAAUGUGAAUGUUUAUGUUUAUGCGAAUGUACAUUUCAGUUUGUGUUUAUGGUCUUAAGUUCACAGGAAAACAGCACGAGGAUACUCUUGGUGUUGCCUUGAAGUUCCAUUACCUCUGUUACUUUAAAACGGUUAUUGUUUCCCUCUUCCUUUGAUUUAAAGUUUAGAUUCGUGUACACCUAGUGGAAAACUUUCCAUGUGCUGUUCAUAAUUAAAUCCUUCUUUUUUAUUGAAAACAGUGCUAUUUUGUUUCAGAAUCAAAAAAGAAAACAUCGAUAUAUAAAAACCAGCAUGAAACAUUAAACAAAUUGUGCGACAGCUUACUGUCUUAAUAGACAUGCGUAGUGCGGUAUUUUCCCGUACCUUUGGUAGUUAAUUCGAAAAUACUUUGAAAAGUUAGUGUUUCAAAAUCUUUCAUUAUGCUAUCAAUAGAUUUUCUAUACAGCAGUGGUGCUUCUACAAAGAGGAAGAGGACAAAAAGGGUUGACUAGGAUAUUCUUUGCUCGCCUCCCAAUGUUUCAAGUAAGAAAACCAAAAACUAGAUUGAUUUCAAGUCAAAAACUAGUAGAAGGUCCGUUCUACUAGUUUUUUAUUCUAACGUUCGUCUAGCAAGAGCCACCAACGAAGACAUCUCCAAAGCAUUAAACAACUUACUGAGCCUCUAUCCCAAAGAAUUUACAGAGGACUUGGAAUCAGAGCUACGGGCAUUUGCUAACGAGUUUCGCGUGGAAAUAAAAGAGAAAUGGACAGUUGUAGACUUGGUUGAUUUGAUGCUCUACAUUCCUACAUCCUUGGCGUUAUCCUUGGCGUUACAUCCUUGAAUGAAACUGCAUUACUCCUACAAAAAGAGAACAACUGUUCAACUGGGCCGGAUGCAAAUUCAUAUAAGGGGGCUGCCCAUUGUAUUGUUCCCAUACAAUGCACUGUUAUAAAGAGAAAUAUAACACGUUUAGACAAUUAGUGGGGGAUUCAACCCCCAGCCCCCUAGCCCCCCCAGCCCCCCACCUUCGGAUGGCCCUGUAACAAUUUAACAAAGGUGCUUGUGGGCUAAACGCUUUGAAAAAGUGGGCGUUGAAAUUUUAUGCUUGUCAAGAAAAUCGUUUACUAGUCUAUAAAAUCUCCCGACAAAGGGUUAGAUGGCAAGUAAUUUCUAUUUAUUUAUUUAUACUA